AUGGUCCAGCUUGUGAGUGGAUUGGAACCCAAACCAUCAGAACAAGCAGUCAAGCCCAUGCCUCAGCCCUCAUGGAGGGAAGAUCCAGGAGUCAUCAGGACUGGACAUGUAGAAAGUGGAGAGUUCAGUAGUGGUUCACAUUCAACACCACCAAAGAGUCUCAGAUCACACCAGAACGACCAGACAAACUGGGACAUACCAUGGAACACAGCUGUGUCCCCAGAACGCAUGCUGAGUAAGGCAGUGCAGGUGCUGCUCACCGACAAAGUCAGCAUACUGUCAACCUUCCUCGCUCCUUUCAAGUAUCUAAGUCCUGGCACCACAAACACGGAGGAUGAAGACAAUCUAAGUACCAGCAGCACAGAAGUGAAGGAGAACCGCAAUGUGAGCAACUUGGGAACCAGGCCCCUGCCACCAGGGGACCGGGCUAGAGUCAGCACUCCCAGCAUUAAAAGAAAAAGGCCCCUGGAGGAAGGGAAUGGGGGCCACUUCUGCAAACUCCAGCUCAUCUGGAAGAAGCUGUCCUGGUCAAUGACGCCCAAGAAUGCACUCGUCCAGCUGCAUGAGCUGAAGCCAGGUCUACAGUACCGGAUGGUGUCGCAGACAGGCCCAGUUCAUGCUCCAGUCUUCGCCGUGGCGGUGGAAGUGAACGGACUCACAUUUGAGGGUACAGGGCCUACCAAGAAGAAAGCCAAGAUGCGUGCAGCCGAGCUGGCGCUGAAGUCCUUCGUGCAAUUUCCCAAUGCCUGCCAGGCCCACCUGGCCAUGGGCAGCGGCACCAGCCUGUGCACAGACUUCACUUCAGACCAGGCUGACUUCCCAGACACGCUGUUCAAGGAGUUUGAGCCAUCGGCACCCAGUGAGGGUUUCCCUGCCUGCCGGCCUGUGGACCCCGAGUUCCUGUCCACUGCCUACCGGAGAGGACGACUGCUCUACCAUACCCUGGACCUCAUGGGCCCGGCCCGGCCGGACCGGUCUUGGCCUGCUCCGGCAGCCCCAGGAGAGAGAAACCCAGUGGUUGUGCUGAAUGAGCUACGCUCGGGUCUGCGGUAUGUGUGCCUCUCUGAAACGGCCGAGAAACCCCGCACCAAGAGCUUUGUCAUGGCUGUGUGCGUGGACGGGAGGACGUUCGAAGGCUCAGGACGCAGCAAGAAGUUGGCCAAAGGCCAGGCGGCACAGGCAGCCCUGCAGGCCCUCUUCGAUAUCAGGCUACCUGGCCACACCCCCAGCAGGAGUAAAAGUAACCUCUUGCCACAGGAAUUCGCCGACUCAGUGUCCCAGCUGGUCACACAGAAGUUCCAUGAACUGACAAUUGGCUUGACAUCCGUGCAUGCCCGCCACAAAGCACUGGCAGGAAUCGUCAUGACCAAAGGCUUGGACACCAGGCAGGCACAGGUCAUCGUCCUGUCCUCGGGGACCAAAUGCAUCAGCGGUGAACACAUCAGUGACCAGGGGCUGGUGGUCAACGACUGCCAUGCAGAGAUCGUGGCCAGGCGGGCCUUUCUCCACUUCCUCUAUGCACAGCUGGAGCUACACUUGAGCAAGCGACGAGAAGACUCAGAACGAUCCAUAUUUGUGCGUUUGAAGGAGGGAGGCUACCGACUUCGAGAAAACAUCCUGUUCCAUCUCUAUGUGAGCACAUCACCUUGUGGAGACGCAAGACUCAACUCCCCCUAUGAGAUCACCACAGACCUGAACAGCAGCAAGCACCUUGUCAGGAAAUUCCGAGGGCACCUGCGCACCAAGAUCGAGUCUGGGGAAGGGACGGUCCCCGUCCGAGGGCCCAGCACAGUCCAGACAUGGGACGGCAUCCUGCUGGGGGAGCAGCUGGUCACCAUGUCCUGCACAGACAAGAUUGCCAGGUGGAAUGUCUUGGGACUACAGGGUGCCCUCCUCUGUCACUUCAUCGAGCCUGUGUACCUCCACAGCAUCAUCGUGGGAAGUCUACACCACACAGGCCACCUCUCCCGGGUCAUGAGCCACAGGAUGGAGGACAUCGGCCAGCUCCCAACUUCAUACCAGCACAACCGGCCUCUCCUCAGUGGAGUGAGUAAUGCAGAGGCGCGGCAGCCAGGAAAGUCUCCCCACUUCAGCGUGAACUGGGUCGUGGGCAAUGCAGAUCUGGAGAUUAUUAAUGCCACAACUGGGAAGCGGAGCUGCGGGGGCUCCUCCCGGCUCUGCAAGCACGUGUUCUCUGCCCGGUGGGCGCAGCUGUAUGGAAGGCUGAGCACACGUAUACCAAUCCAUGGAGACACACCAUCUAUGUACUGUGAGGCCAAGCUAGGGGCUCACACUUACCAGUCCGUUAAACAGCAGCUGUUUAAGGCUUUUCAGAAAGCUGGCCUGGGUACCUGGGUAAGGAAACCACCGGAGCAAGAUCAGUUUCUACUAACUCUCUAA